CCAUUUUCAGGUUAUUUGUUUCUUACGUUGUUUGUUUUGGUUUACAAUUGGCAGUUCCCUACAAAUUUCCCUCCACAAAAAACAUUAAACGCUCAUGAAACUCGCUCGACCCAUUUCACGCCGCUUUCUCACGUCCUCUACGACCCUAAAACCAGAGCGAGUAACCAACUAUGCAAUCCUCAAAGACCCCAUUAAAGAGCAUCAUGCACAUUACAUCAGAAUUUACCAGCACACUGACCGAUAUAAAAUGUCACAAAUAAUCAAAGCAUACGCUCUAUCUCAAACCUCAUUACACAAAGCCCAUUUCAUUUUCAAUCAAAUAGUACAGCCCACAUUGCCCGUUUGGAACUACAUGAUCCGUGGAUUAUCCAAGAGUGUUCAGCCUGUUACUGCACUCCAAAUGUUUGAUGAAAUGCGUGAAAGUGGACUACAUGGAGAUAAUACCUCGUUUAUAUUUGUGUUUAAAGCUUGUGCUAAAGUUUUAAAUAUUUUAUAUGGAAGAAGAGUUCAUGCUCAUGUUAUUAAACUUGGGUUCGGAGCGUAUCUUUUUGUGUGUAAUUCUUUAAUACAUAUGUAUGCUUCUUGUGGUGAUUUGGGGUCUUCAGGAAAAGUGUUUGAUGAAAUGAAAGAUAAAGACUUAGUUUCGUGGAACUCAUUGAUUUGUGGGUAUAGUCAGUGCAAGAGAUACAAGGAGGUUUUAAGACUUUUCAAUGCAAUGAGGCAGGUGAAUGUUAAGGCUGAUGCAGUGACUAUGGUGAAAGUUUUAUUAGCUUGUAGUUAUUUGGGUGAGUGGAAGACUGCGGAUGCUAUGGUUAGGUACAUUGAGGAAAACCAUGUUAAGAUUGAUGUGUACCUGGGGAAUACAUUGAUUGAUAUGUAUGGAAAGCGUGGCUUGAUUGAGUUGGCUCGACAAAUUUUUGAUAGGAUGGUGGAGAGGAAUGUUGUUUCUUGGAAUGCCAUGAUUAUGGGGUAUGCAAAAGCAGGUUACUGUGUUGCAGCAAGGUUACUUUUUGAUGAGAUGCCAAGGAAGGAUGUGAUUUCAUGGACUUCCAUGAUCACAGGCUAUGCUCAAGCUGCCCAAUAUAAAGAUGCUAUUAGUCUUUUCGAGGAUAUGAUGGUGGCGAAGGUUAAGCCUGAUGAAAUUACAGUUGCUAGCGUGCUUUCUGCCUGUGCACAUUUAGGCAUGCUUGACAUGGGCACUGUGGUGCAUAAUUUUAUUCGCGAUCAUGGUGUAAAAUCAGAUAUCUAUGUUGGAAAUGCUCUGAUGGAUAUGUAUUGCAAAUGUGGAUCAGUUGAAAAUGCUUUGGAGGUUUUUCAUGAAAUGGAAGAGAAGGACUCUGUCUCGUGGACUUCAAUCAUCUCUGGACUUGCGGCAAAUGGCAUUUCUAAUCAUGCUCUUGAACUUUUCUCUCAAAUGUUAAGAGAAGGUGCAAGGCCAACCCAUGGAACCUUUGUUGGCAUAUUACUAGCUUGUGCUUAUGCUGGUUUGGUGGAUAAAGGAUUGGAAUUUUUCCAUAGUAUGCAAAAUGAUUACGGGUUGAUGCCAGAAAUGAAGCAUUAUGGGUGUGUGGUCGAUCUUUUAACUCGCUCUGGCAAUCUACCUCAGGCAUAUGAGUUCAUAAUGCAUAUGCCUCUUGUUCCAGAUGUUGCUUUAUGGAGGAUGUUACUUAGUGCUUGUAGAUUUCAUAAUAAUCUGGAUUUAGCUGAAAUUGCUUCCAACAAGCUUCUCGAAUUGGAUCCAAAUAAUGGUGGAAAUUAUGUACUUUCAUCCAGUACUUAUGCUGGAGUUGGGAGAUGGGAUGAUGCUAUAAAAUUUAGAGAACAGAUAGAUAAGACUGAUGUGCAGAGACCAUUAGGUUGGAGUUCUGUAGAAAUAAAUGGUGAAAUUUCUUGGUUUUCCAAGAAACAAGUUCCAGUUUCUCAAUACAAUUGAAUCAUAUGAAGUGUCUAUAAUGAAAAGUUCUUCAUGUCAUAGAUAUGGUUGUACCGGUAUCUUGAAAUUCAGGGGAUAUCGAUGUAGAAGACUGGGGCAAAAGAGUUAGUUUUGCACCCUAACUGACCUAAACUAAUUGCAAGCAAGAAGGAUACAUUCAAGUGGUGUGUGGAAAAGUAUACAUUGGCAUGCUGAAAUUGCCGCAGUUGAUUUUGCAGCUGCAAGAUAGUUUAAAGGGUAAUGCCAACAGAACCUGCAAAGGAGGUUCUGAUUGUGAAUGUAGAUGUUUACUGUAUAUCAGUUGCAAAGGUAAUUUGAGGGCAUGAGAUCAUCGAUGUUUCAACCGAUAUAAAGACAUUCAGAGAGGGUCUCGAGAUUCUCAAGCUCUUUUUAGUGGAGAGGAAUAGUGCCGGAAGGGGGGCGAGCCUAAGCCGAGCCAGUUCAUCAGAGGCCCGAGAACAUCCGAGUUUCUGAAGAAGAACCUACAGAAAGGCUUUAGUGGCAGAGUGGAGGAAGAUCAGAGCGGAUUCCAAUGGGAUUGCAUUAUCAUGACUUACCUUCCUUUUGAAACCAUGUGCUGGUCCUGCUGGAUGUGUGCGGAACAAAUGCUUUCAACACACUAUUUUCUUUUUCUUUUUCAAUUUAUUUAUUUAUUUAUUUUUUGGGAUAAAUACACCCUAUUGAUGGCCCAUGGUAUCUGCAAGAGCCAUAUAAAGUAGAAGUAAUGGAACUGCGCAGUGAUUAUCGCUGUCAUUUCAUGUUUGUAGGGAAGAAGAUAGAUGGAAACCUGGUCACAAGCCUGACAAAUAUCAUAGGAAUGGCCAUUAAUACUUUUCCAUAGGCUUCAGUUUUCUUCUUUUAUUGAACUUUGAUACAGCAGAAUAAUAGUUUAUCGAUAAGUAUUAAUGUUUGAUGCUAUCAGGAACCCGGUUCCAUGACUUUUGUGUUAUUAGUCUUUCUGUAUAAUUCGUGUUAAUGUUUGAUGAUAUCAAGAAC